CGUACAGCAGAAAACGAGAGCGGUACGGACAGGCUUUAGGACCGGGGGACCGACACGUGGUGACAGGACAACCGGAAGCCAGAACUCACGUUACUGAUCUGCGAUGGCUCAGCAGGCCACGGCGGGGCGACGCUGCCUGCGAGCCUUCGUUAGCGGAUUCUUCGUCGCCGUCCCCGUAACCGUCACCUUCCUCGAUCGAUUCGCCUACGUGGCACGAGUGGAGGGAUCAUCGAUGCAGCCAUUCCUCAACCCAGAGGGGGGGUCCAAGUGUGACGUCGUCCUGCUGAAUCGUUGGAGUGUGAGAAACUACCAGGUCCAACGAGGUGACAUCGUGUCUGUUGUGUCCCCGAGGAAUCCAAAGCAGAAGAUCAUCAAACGGGUCAUUGGCCUGGAGGGAGACUUCAUCAGGACUCUGGCCUACAAGAACCGCUAUGUUCGAGUUCCAGAUGGUCACUUCUGGAUCGAGGGAGAUCAUCACGGCCACAGUCUGGACAGCAACAGCUUUGGACCGGUGUCUGUGGGGCUGCUUCACGGUCGGGCCUCUCACAUCAUCUGGCCACCAAACCGCUGGCAGCGAAUCACAGCAUCGCUCCCUGCAAACCGAGGACCGCUGGACACCGAGGAAGAGGACUGACCACGCCCACAGAGUUUCUGUAUUUUUCUUAAAAUGUCAAAUUCACAGCAAGAGCCGCUCGCUGUGACCGUGUGAGUCAGAUUACUGCAUGGCUUUUAUAUAAACCGUGUUCAUUGUACACUCAGGUGGUGUUUUGUUCGUUUCACUGCAGUCUUUUGUUUUUAAAUAUUUCUUUCUUGAACGCUGAAAAGACGACAAACUGAAGUCCUGUCCCCGAACUUCACAUUUUACAUGAAAAAUUAAAGCUUUUGUCUGUAAACCACCAAGAAUUCUUUAAGUUUAAGUUAAGUUUGUGGUAUUUUAUCAACUAAGCUAAUAAUCACUGGCAAAGUGAUGUGAUGGGCAAUUAAACUCAUUUGUAAUUUCCACCCUA